CCGAACGUGAAGGUGGUCAUAUUCUCCCCCAUGCUCAACCGCUCGACCCCCAACAACGACCUGGCAACAUCAGAUUAUUCAGUUGUCAUGAUUGAAUUCUUCAAAGUCCAGUCACUUCCGGCCUGGCUUCGUCGAGCUCGCCAAGAACCGUGCACUUUUGGGCUCUUCAGAGGCUCGCCCUGCUUUCAUGCGCCCGCCUCAGCUGCUCCGGCGCCCUAA